AUGUCGAAAAAGAGUCAGGGCGAAGCCCGUGUUAAAAAGAAUGCAUUUGUCCACAAGUUAUACACCAUGUUGAGCGAUCCAAGUCUAGAUAAUCUAAUAUGGUGGAGCAGCAAUAAUCCAGAGAAUAACACAUUUGCAUUAUAUCCAGGCAAAGAGUUUGCCGACUGUUUAACACGAUAUUUCAAGCAUGGGAAUGUUGCCAGUUUUGUUCGUCAGUUGCACAUGUAUGGGUUUCACAAGGUUAGUGAUGCCCACCAUUACCAUCAUCAACAAGUGCAAAACCAACUCAAAUAUAACCCCAUGAAUAUAGCGGGAUUGAAUAGUGUGCCCAUUGAACAAGGAAGAACAACAAGCUCUUCAGGAGGUUAUUUUCUUGGUGAAAACUCAGCGCCUGAUUUGAUUGAUAAAGAUGUACCUCCGAUUUGGGAAUUCAAACAUCUGAGUGGCAAGUUUAGGAAGGGGGAUGAAAGUUCAUUAGUUUAUAUCAAACGGAGAUCGAGCUCGAAUAGUAAUUCAAGGAAUAACAGUUAUAGCAAUGAGAAACAAUACCAGCGAGGGGACAGUUUAACAGAACAACAACAGCAUCAGCCACAUUUACCGGAGCAAUUUAAUCAACAGCUACAGCAUCAGCUACAGCCACAGCACCAAUUUCCUCCUCAUCUACAAGAAACUCCAAUUUACUCAAACCAACCUUUUCUCAACGAUGGAGGAGUGGUUUACAUUCCCAACCAACAACCGCAACCACCAACUACUGUAUAUGAUCCUAAUUCACAGCAGUUCUUUCCAAUCCAACAACAAAAUUAUUUUUAUUAUCAAGGACAACACCCACACCCACAACAGCAACAGCCAUUUGUUUAUUUUAAUACUAUGCAGCCAGCUGCUCAACUACAGCCGCAACCACAACUACAGCCGCAACCACAACUACAGCAAUUACAACACCCACCACCAGCACCAUCAACGCAAGUUCAAUACCCGGUACAACCUAUAAUCAAUCAAGUGUUUAACCCGCAAUUCAAACUACAGGAUGAAGGAUCAACUACAAGAACACCACCUCCAUCGUCAGUAUCGACGACAUUGUCAAAACCUAAUCAACCGGAAUGUUUACAACCACUGAGGUAUGCUUCGUUUGCAUACCCUCCGGAGCAAGUACAUCCACAAGCUGUUCAAUACCAGCAGCAUCAUCAGCAGCAGCAGCGUCAAAACCAGGACCCUUCAUUUGCACCAAAACCAGUGACGGUAAACGAACCCAAGGCACCUCAAGUGUCGCAACAUCAAGAGAAUGUAAAAGAGUCUUCGUCACAGCAUUGGGUAACUCGUUCAACCUCACCUCAAACCAAACAAGUUUCCAAAACUGAGUCUGAUUCAGGUCGCCAAUCUACCCCAGUGGAACAAUUUGCACCCAACCUUCAGUUUAGAAAAGUAUGGGAUGAUCACCAUGGAUCACGUCAAAGAAACCCAUCAUUGCUUUGCGACCCUUUAACAUCAGCACCGCAACAAAAUAACACAUUGGAGACGUCAACUCCACCGCCAAUUGGUGGGUUAGCAAGUGCGAGAGGAAUAUCACCGUCCUCAUCAAUCGGUAAUCGAUUAUCAAUUCAGAGAAGUAUAUCAUCAAACACUAUAAACUCACGACAAUCAGUUACGUUACCACCACCUUCAUCUAUUCAUCGUCCAAGUUCAUUACUAGCAAAUUCAAGUUUUUCUUCACAAUCAACAAUAUUGUGUUCACCACUGCAGGGUAGGCAAGACUCUUCAGCUUCGACAAUUACACCAAUUAUUGCACCAAUUCCACAUAGAAAUAGCGUUGCUAGCAAUGGUAACAAUCAUGCAGCUGGCGAAACAUCAUUGAGUGCAAGUGUGGCUAGAAUUGGUGGGCACCAUGGUGAGGAAACAACACCACAUCCCUUAUCUUCCUCUGCUGGGCCACCUGAAGAAACCAGUGGAGUUGAAGCUGAAGCUGGAGUUGCAGCUUAUUCUUUGCCGCUAACUCCAAUUGGCGGUGCACGAUCUGCGUUGGAAGUGGCACUGCAUCUGCACUCACAUCCUCAAUUACAAGCACGUUCCCUUCCUGGUUCCGCUUCAGGAGGUAGUACGAGCGCAAGGAUGGGGCCUCCUCCUCUAAACACAAAGAUCCCUUCAAUAUCAAGUUCACUUCAAGAUCGAUUACGCCCCUCGGUAUUUGAGCUUCAUGCAAUGAACAAGCGUGAUGCAAUGAGUUCAAUUAGUGGAUCAGUUGGUGGUGGUGGCUGUGCUAGUGGUAGUGCUGCUGGUGCUGGAGGCGUCGGCGGCGGCACUAAUAGUGCACCUGGGAGUAUAUCCGGAAAUGGUACCAGUGGAGGUGGAUUUGGAUCGAUUGGAUCGCAUUCAACUGUGCUGAUCUUUUCCAACAAAUCUUCAUCUAUAUCAUCGACGCAAUCGUCCUUUUCGUAUCCUUUUCAACGUACAUCGUCGUUUGGUGGAUCGAUAUCGUUUGGUACAAAGAGCUCUAUAUCUAUAGCACCACAUGAAGUUGUUGUUGAUGAUGGUAAAGUGAGGCCAGUUACACCACAAUCACCAGGACAUAUUGAUUUGAACAAUGCUGCAGCUACUAUAUCAGAGGAAGGCGAAGCUACACUGGCGCCACUAGUUUCGUCAACAAGAUUGAAACAUUCACUGCUGCGACCAACUACUCCGGUUUAUGCACAUGGUGCAACAGCUCAUAAUCCAAGAUCAAGCUCACCGUUAUCAAAGAGCCAUCAUCAUGAAACUGGAGGCGCAGUAACCAAACCGCAACCAAACAAGAAGGUCAGUGUCACUUCUAUGCUUGAUGACUCGUCAUUAUCCAACGCCAAGACAUUGCCUAAACUAUCACUGGCUGUUGUAGCUGCCCAUAACACUUUGGCAAGGUCGAGAUCUACAUCACCAACAACUGUACGAACUCCUUCAUCGGGCGCGGCGCCUUUACUUCCACCUCCAGCAGCUAGUGGUUCUGGUGGUGCAAGUGGAACUCAGUUUGAGUCUAAACAACCGCUUUAUAUGUCGUCGCUGAUUCGAGAGGAAAAGAAUUCCCAAUCGUCGUCGUCGUCGUCAGCGGGUGGAGGUGAAGAGAGUAAUGGAGUCAAGAAGAUUACUGAAGUGUGA